AUGGAGUCAAGGUCACACCUCACCAAGGCAGAGCUCAACGCUGCUGCCCUCGACCACUUCGUCUAUCAACCCGUCAGCAAGUCGAUGAUCUCUUACUUGGCCGGCGCUGCCUUCAACGUCAUCUCCUGUGACAGUUCCCUGAUGCCCCCGGCAUCCGCAGAGGCCUACCGCCAACAACAACUCCCCCCGACGCCACCAAGGACACCGGAACCCCGCGCUGUCCGCACCGAGGAUUCCGAUCUGCCUACCCUCGAGGCCUUCAUUACACAACUUGUUGUUUCCUCAAACGUCCAAGUCCCCACUCUGAUGUCGACUCUUGUCUACCUCACUAGACUCAAGUCCCGUCUGCAACCAAUGGCCCGCGGUCUUCGAUGCACCACUCACCGUAUCUUUCUGGCUGCUCUCAUCCUCACUGCCAAGUACCUCAAUGACAGCUCACCCAAGAACAAGCACUGGGCUACUUACAGCCACAUCAACAAUGAUCUCUCCAACUUUGGCUUCAGCAGGACAGAGGUCAACCUGAUGGAGAAGCAGCUCCUGUUCCUUUUGGACUGGGAUUUGAGGAUCACUGAGGAGGAUCUCUACCGCGAGCUUGACCCGUUCCUGGCUCCUAUCCGUGCUGAGAUUGAGGCCAAGCAUGCUCGUCGCCUGGCCCGCCGCCGCAAGCACGAGGAGGAGAUGCGUCGGAGACAGGAGGAAAUUUACAACAUGCAGCAACAGAGUUACCCGAGCCCGCCGUCCUCGCGCGCUAGCUCCCGUUCACGACAGGACACUCCCGACCACGCUCGUACAUACAGUGGUGCCUCCAUCACGCCCCCCAGUCUUUGCUACAGCAGCAGCUAUGGCAGCUCUAUCAGCUCAUACGCGCCGUCAAUUGCAUCUAGCCGUUCUCAGUCCCGCGCUACCACGCCGCUCGAUAACCCCGCCGAAGAGCCGUACAUGUACGUCCCCAACGGCAGUCUGUACGAGUCACCUGUCGAAGUGCACAUCGAACAACCCGCGUCAACACUGCCCAAGCGAAAGCCUUUUCUUCCCUACGAGAUCAGCACUGAAGAUUUACGGGACAUGCAAGAUGGCACCAAGGCGAAAAGGGCACGCAUGGGACGUGGCAUGUGGGGCCGUGUCUUCGGUGGUGCCGUGACCGUGCGGUAG